AGUUAGGAAAGCAGUACUUUAGUUAGUUUUAUCAUCAAAAAAGAUAAUCAGCAUGCCUCCACACAGGGGUGGUCCUGUGGACGCCAUGGAUUCAGACAUCACUUUCCCUCUGCAACGGUUGUUUGAUGAGUACAACCUGGAUCACAUUCCAGAGGAUGAACGUAUGAGUCUGUUCAAACACAGAGAUUUGCCACAUAUCAAACAUUACAAAGCAGCUGUGAAGAUAUUUGGUGGCCCACUGAGCAGAAAAAGGGUUAUUGUUGCUCCUCCAAUGGAAACAAAAAUGAGACACCGACUAGGAUUGUAUUUGAACCAGAAACCCAAACCUGCCCCAAUUUCUAUCAACACAGAAAUACAGCCUCAAGAGCCCUUGGUAGAUAAACCGGAAUACGACCCAGAAGAAAUACAAAAAGAGGUUGAAAAGGAUAAAGAAUUUCAGUACAAAAAAUGGAUUCAAGAAAGGCAGAAGUUUCGAAAUAACAUAGAAAAUAUGGGACUUAGUGAAGAUUGGUUGAGAAAUAAGCCUAAGAAAACUGCGUUGGAGAAGCGUGUCUUGCACCGUAUGGAACAGGAGAGGAAGCCAAAGGAAGUGGAGAUGGCUCCACUUCCAGAAACCCCAAUAAGUGCGGAGAUCAAAAGUGUUCCCAGUGUCAAGGUGCCCUCACCAUUGGGUAUACGUAUAUUAGACCUUUUUCUUAAACGGAACAAAAUGAGACUUAUUGAUUUGUUUACACAAACAGAUAAAGACAAGAAUUGGAAAUUAUCACGGGAUGAGUUCAGGAAAUCCAUUCGACAGUCCAAGGUUCCACUGUCAGAGCCUUUGCUGGAGGAUCUAAUUCUCUCCCUUGAUGCUGAUUUUGAUGAAGAGCUGGAUUACAAGGAGUUGGCUAGAGGACUUGAAAACUGGCACAGAGAACGCCGUGAGAACAGGCGUAAGGAACUCUCGAGGGAAACAACAUCUCUGUCAUCAAAAGGUUCAGGGUCCCACGCAGGUUCACCUCAACCAGCAUUAGAAACUGGUCCAGAAAGGGAAGUAUCUGACCUCACCAAAGCUACUGUAGUCUCUGGCUCCAAGUCUGCCAAGUCUAGUGUACGAUCUGCCUCAAAGUCUGCCAAGUCAGCUGGACAGGGCUCAGUUGGAACUGAACAAUCAAGACCAGAGGGUCAGACUACAACAGUAGAGGGUGAUGUUGAUGGAGGUAAGAAGAGGCUGGACUCGGGUAAGGAGAGUGCUCAAGGUAGUAGUCGUACUGUCCAUACUCAAAGUCGCAGUAGCACUCCACAGUUCUUACAUCCACCAGAGAUUGAUACUCGGCCUGAACAGAUGGUACUCAAAUCUGAUGAAGCCAUGGUUGAUUUACGAAAACGAGACAGGGAAGCCUUAAAGGGAUCCAGCCACACCCUCAAAAUGUCUCCGAAGAAACAGCAAGAAGACACGCCCCCAGGUAUCAUCAAGGUGGGGGACCGUGCCAUUGAUAAUCACUGUAUGAAGUCAACACUGCAGGGUGAAACUGCAACUAUGAUUGACAAGUAUAGACAGCUUAAACUGAAGGAAUACUAUGAGAUAACACGUAUGUGUCAGGUUCAGAACACUCCACUCAGUAAAACUCUUUUGGAGAGAGUGCUUCUUCAUCCACCGGAUCAUCCUAGAGUAUCCAUUGAGCGACGAGUCAAGACUCCUGGUGCACCUUUAUUGUCCAGUCACCACGCUGAUCCACCAAAGCGACCCCGUACACCAAUAGAAGUCAAGCACAAAGAUAAAGUGCGUAGGUCUCGCAGUGGUAAACUUCUCAUUGAUAGUCGUCACAAGUACCCUCAACGGUCAACGGUGGCAGCAACUGGCACAAAGGAAAACCUGUCAACAGGCAAGGCAGUCAUCAGACGUCGUGUUGACUGCUGGAUGACGUUUGAGGAGUAUGACAAACUCACAAGUCACCUGGCCAUUAGGUACCAGCAGCUACAUGGUACAACGAAUCAGAAUGCAUUUUGGCCUGGUCACCUCCUGGACAAGGUUCGACUUUGCAUGCCGCCGUACAGCGAGCCUCAGAUAGCUGACGGUGCACACAGUCUGUUCACGCACGUGAAGGGCGAACAAAGCGUGUACCCGGGACUACAGCGAGAGAAUAGUGCAUGGCCUGUUAAUGACAAUGGCUACGUACAAUCAGGCAUUCACGAUCCAUUUGCUCGAAAAUAUACUUACCUUUGA